AUGCUUGAAAGGGCUAUUGAAGAAGUUUAUUCUGAAUCUCUAAUUACCAUCGGUUCAGUUCGAUCUUGUUUAGAUGGUCGAGCUAUGUGUUCUGAUCCUGUAAUCGCUGGAUUACGUCUACCUCCCAAAGAUACAUUUGUGAAAAGCUUAAAUGUGUUAGAUUUAAUUUGA